AAAAAAAAAGAAUAUAUAAACAAACACAAUUUUUGCGAUUAGGACAUCGGAGAUAUUUAAUUUUUUGUUACCAUUCAAUAUAUUCCAAAUAAUUUUGAAAAAUAUUUGAAUAUGAGCUCUCGAAACCGAGGUCGAAACAAACGUGGAGGAGGUGCACAUGGACAAUACCGCAAUGUUAAAGCUAAUCGUAACUGUGAACGAAAUUUUGCGCAACGUGCCUGUGAAUUAGCCAGCGACGAAGAUAGUGGUGACAGUGACAACAGUUCAUCGUCUUCCGACGCAGGUACAAAUGGCGUUGGGCAUCCGCCUGACUUUCCUGUAGCCAUGUGGGACCUUAAUCAUUGUGACCCAAAGAAAUGUUCCGGGCGAAAGUUGUCUCGAUUAGGUCUUAUCGAAAAUUUGCGUUUGGGCCAGAAGUUUCCCGGUCUAGUACUAACGCCGGUAGGUGUAAACUGUGUCAGUCCACUUGAUAGAGAUAUAGUUGCCUCGGCAGGUAUAGCGGUGGUUGAUUGCUCAUGGGCUAAACUUGAAGAGACUCCGUUUAAUCGCAUGCGAAGCCCUCAUCCACGCUUGUUACCAUAUCUUGUGGCAGCUAAUCCAAUAAACUACGGCAAGCCCUGUAAAUUGAGUUGUGUUGAAGCGAUAGCGGCUACGCUCUAUAUUUGUGGCUACGAGGCGGAAGCGCAAUGGUAUAUGGGAAAAUUUUCUUGGGGCCACUCAUUUAUCGAACUCAAUGAAAGUAUACUCAAAAAGUAUGCUGAAUGCAAAUCUAGUGAGGAAAUAGUAAGGGCGCAAAAUGAAUACCUGGAAGAGGAGCAAGCUGCACAUAAAAAGCCAAAGGAUUUCAGUGAGUUCUAUCCGACGAGCAGUAGCGAAGAAGAAGACCCCGUCGAAAACUUAACAAACAAUGUAAAAAAACUGAGCUAAAGUAAGUUUUAUUUUUUAGUUUGAUGAAAAAUUAAUAAACUGUAAAAGAUAAUCUUAUAAAAAUAAAUUGUUUGCCUUGUU